UUUUAUUGAACUCCAAGUUUGAUUUCUUUUUGACAUUUUUAUAAACUGCGCGAGCCUCACGCGGGCUUAAUACCUCUACAAGUAGUAUAAACAAAGAUGACCAUUCCCAAAUCUCCUUAGAGUAAGACACCAUCAAAAAAAUGGAUUUCCUAAGCUUCGUAUUGUACUUCUUGUUCUCCUUAACUUUACUUCAAGGCCUCUUAUCCCUAGCAAAAGUAACCAAAAACAAAGGCAGAAAGCUCCCACCGGGACCGGUCCCAUUACCGGUGAUCGGAAACCUCCUCAAACUCGGCGACCAACCCCACAAGUCCCUCGCCGAGCUCGCCAAAGUCCAUGGCCCAAUCAUGUCCCUAAAACUAGGCCGAAUCACCACAGUGGUCUUCACCUCCUCAGACAUGGCCAAAGAAGUCCUCCAAAAGCAGGACCUUGCCUUCUCGAGCCGGUCCAUCCCGGAUGCCAUCCGUGCCCAUAACCAGUUCCAGUACUCCGUUGUCUGGUUACCAGUCGCCACCCAAUGGCGAAGCCUAAGAAAAAUCUUGAAUUCAAAUAUUUUUUCCGGUAGCAGGCUCGACGCAAACCAACAUCUCCGGUACAAGAAGGUGCAGGAGCUGAUUGGGUACGUUCGGAAGAGCAGUAAUUCGGGUGUGGCAGUGGACAUAGGCCGAGCGGCCUUCAGGACUUCGCUCAACUUGCUGUCCAACACCAUUUUCUCGGUGGACUUGGCCGACCCCUUUGAUGACUCGGCCAAGGAGUUUAAGGACUUGGUGUGGAACAUAAUGGUGGAGGCUGGUAAGCCUAACUUGGUGGACUAUUUUCCGGUGCUCGAAAAGGUCGAUCCCCAAGGCAUUAGGCGGCGAAUGACGGUUCAUUUUGGGAAGGUGCUGCAGAUGUUUGGGAAGUUGAUCAAUAAGAGGUUGGAGUUGAGGAGAAUCAAGAAUGCUAUCACUAGCAAUGAUGUGUUGGAUGUGCUUCUCAAUAUAGAAAAUAGUGGUGAUGAGAUUGAUAGGAAUCAUAUUGAGCGUAUGUGUUUGGACUUAUUUGUCGCGGGGACUGACACAACUUCAAGUACACUGGAAUGGGCAAUGGCAGAGGUGUUGCACAAUCCAGAGACGCUAGUGAAAGCCAAAGCAGAGCUCGAAGAAACCAUAGGCAAAGGCAAAGCAGUAGAAGAAUCAGACAUCGCGCGUCUACCAUACUUGGGAUCAAUUAUUAAAGAGACUUUAAGGCUCCACCCACCAGUCCCAUUCCUAAUCCCUCGCAGAGUUGAAGAAGACUGUGAAGUCUCAGGCUUCACAGUGCCCAAGGGGUCACAGGUGCUAGUAAAUGCAUGGGCAAUAGGCCGUGACCCUACCAUUUGGGACAGUGCCACAUCGUUCAUUCCCGAAAGGUUCUUGAACUCGGAAAUCGAUGUCCGAGGCCGGGAUUUUGAGGUGAUACCAUUUGGUGCUGGCAGGAGAAUAUGUCCUGGUUUGCCGUUGGCAAUAAGGAUGGUGCCGGUGAUGUUGGGGUCACUGUUGAACUCGUUUGAUUGGAAGCUUGAAGGUGGGAUUGCACCAAAGGACUUGGACAUGGAGGAGAAGUUUGGCAUCACUUUGCAAAAGGCUCAGCCUCUUCGUGCUGUCCCUGUCCUCAUUUAAAAUUGAUGUUUUUUCACUUUUGUAUUUUUCAUAAGGCCGGCACAAGUUUGUAGCAGUAUUUAAUUAAUCUGGCCAUAAGUGGGAAAUAUGUUGCAUGUUUAAGUUUUAAUAACUUCUAAGAAAUAUUUUGCCCCUAAGUGGAAAGUACGUUGAUACUGCAAAUUCUUUGC